GCGGGGAGGGGAACGGCGCGGCUCGGCUCGGCUCGGCUGGGCUCGGACCCGCUCGGCGGGGCUCGGCUGGACUCGGCUCGGCUCGGACACGCUCGGCAGGGCUCGGCUCGGAGGGGCUCGGCUCGGCUCGGAGGGGCUCGGCUCGGCGGAGCUCGGAUCGGAUCGGCUCGGAUCCUCUCGGCUCGGCGGAGCUCGGAUCGGAUCGGCUCGGCUCGGCGGAGCUGGGCUCGGAUCCGCUCGGAUCCGCUCGGCUCGGCGGGGUUCGGCCGGGCUCGGCUCUGCUCAGAUCGGCUCAGCUCGGCCGGGCUCGGCUCGGCUGAGAUCGCCUCGGCUCGGCGGGGCUCGGCUCGGCGGGGCUCGGCUCGGAUCCGCUCGGAUCCUCUGUGCUCGGCCGGGCCGCCUCCCGCCGUCCGCGCUCGCCAUGGGCCGCAAGAAGCUGCACCGCCCCAUCGCCGCCAUGGCCAAGAAGGUCCGUGAGUACCGGGAGCUGAAGAACCGGCCGCGGGACUCGCAGCGCUUCGCCCUGGAUUACGAGACCAUGCGGCGGCCGCUGACGCAGAAGCGGUUGCCGGUGCGGGCGUGGGAGGACGCGCGGAACGAGAAGCGGCUCUUCACGCUGCUGUGCCGCCAGCCCCGCUUCGGCGUGGGCCGCACCGUCACCCGCAAGUCCUGGCUCUGGGCCUACGACGAGCCCUGCUACUGGGUCAUCGCCAAGGUGAAGCCGGACCACACGGCCGAGGACAUGGACCACGGCAGGGCCUGGGGCUACCUGACCUUCAGAGGCAAGACCGAGGAAGGAAUGCAGGAGAUUGACAAAGUGAUGUACCACGACUGGAGGGUGGUGCCCAAGCACGAGGAGGAAGCCUUCAAGAAGUUCACCCCGGUGCCCGAGGAGACCGUCCAGUACGUCCCGUACCCGCCUCUGCUGCGAGCCAUGAUCCUGGCACAGCGGCAGAAGGAGGGGAAAGCCACCACGGAGGAGCCCCUGAUCGAUCUGCACAAGGUCAUGGCCUCUCCCGUGCAGCGGGGCAAGAAGAAAGCGGCAGGGACACCGGUCUAGAGCCUGGUUGUGUGUCCUGAGCUGCUCUGGCUGGCUCUGCAGCACGUGCCUUGCCCGCUGUGGGAUGGUGCAGCCCUGUAACAGCCACCUGAGCUGACAGGAAAGCAGCACCUGCCUUCAGGUUGUUAGUUUAGUCCAUCACUUUGGCCUCAGUCGCAGAGGAACCGUCUUGGUUCCCUGUGUGGUCCGUGGAUGUGUAGCUCCUGUCACCCAGCUGCGCUUCCUUGGGCAGAAUUUCCUUCCCAGGCUGAAAACUGGGGCUUUUCACAACGUUUUCCAGGUCAUUUGGGUCCUGUGCAAGGGGCAGAGAGAGUAUCACAGAGUUCCUACAAAUGUAUCCACUAAUGGGAAUAAACGUGUUCUUAUU